AAACUUUUGUUAUAGAAAAGUUAGUUUGAGCUUUGUAUUUAAUACACAAUUUGGUAUAUUACAAUCAACUAUAUUUUGUAAUUGGUCCUGUGAUGCUGUAGUAUGAAAGUUGCUUGCAUAAUUAUUCUGGACACGAUCGAUUACGCUUAGUUAUGUACAGUAGAGUCAAUGUAGUAGUAACAACACAUCGACACCCCCGCCGCUGCCGCCGCCGCCGCUGCGCCGACAUUUCUCCAUGCAAUUAGUCAAGAAGAAGAAGAAGAAGAAGAAGAAGAAGAAGAAGAAGAAGAAGAAGAAGAAGAAGAAGAAGAAGAAGAAGAAGACGAAGAAGAAGAAGAAGAAGAAGAAGAUCUGAUUUUUUUUGUUGUGAGAAAAAUUAGUCAAACGAAUAUCGACGUACUCGCUAUUGCAAAGAUGUACACUGUGAAAGAGGAAGCCCGACGAAAUGCGGAGGGAUGAGCAAUGAAUAUGACGAACGGUCGGAUGUCGUGCGAGUUUCGAAGGAAUAAAAUUGCAUUUUAAAGACGAUGGUGGCGCACAAAGAGUCGACGAAUAUGUUUGGCAGCAUAAUGACAACUGUGUCAUUAAGAAGAUGUUUCUACCUGUCGACGAUGGUACUGGUUCUGUCGACUCUGAUGGCCGUUGUUAUAAUAGUAAAACUGUCUCCUUUAGAGUCGGUUAAAUGCCAACCGCGCGCGGUUACCCCGCCGUUAGCUGCCGUUGAAUGGAGUACACCGGUGGCUGUCGGGGAUCAAGCCGGUACCCCUCGCAACGAAGCUGCUCAAAGAGAGAUCAAUGACAGGAAUUAUGCACAAAUGAGAGAAAAUAUAAUACUGAGCAAAGUUGCCCGCAUGUCUCACAAAAUGAGAAACAAAGUUUUACCGUUGCUAGCCAAUACAAGCUUGGUAGAAGUAAAUUACAACGUUCACAUAUUCUACUACGCCUGGUACAGAUCUGUAGCCUUUGAUGGUUUUUGGAAACACUGGAACCAUCAUUAUUUGCCAAAUUGGAAGAAAAAUGAUAAGAGAGUCUUCCGGGAUGGUAGUCAUCGACCUCCGGCUGAUAUCGGAGCCAAUUAUUACCCCAGUCUAGGUUGUUACAGCUCUUUGAAUCCGCAGGUAAUGGAGCUUCACAUGAGCCAAUUGAGAGAAGCCGGUGUAGGCGUGGUCGUUGUAUCCUGGACCCCGCCAAACUCUGCUGAAAAUUCAGACGCGGUAAUGCCCGAUUUGUUGGAUAUCGCAAACCGACAUAGCAUCAGAGUGGCGAUUCACGUAGAGCCGUACGACGGAAGAAAUCCUAUCAAUUUGAUGGAGAAUAUAAAAUAUUUGUUCGAUCGAUACGGCUCUCAUCCGGCUCUUCACCGAAUCAAGAGAAAUCACGACGGCGCGGUAUUGCCGGUCAUAUAUAUUUACGACUCUUACGUAUUUCCUGCCAACGCCUGGUGGGAAUUACUCUCGGAGCGUGGAAAUUUAACUCUCCGCGGUACCGAACUCGAUGCCAUAUAUAUAGGGCUUCUCGUCGAUUCUCAGCAUCGUAAUCACAUAAAAAAAUCACAUUUCGAUGGUUUUUAUACUUAUUUCGCGACUAAUGGAUUCAGUUAUGGCAGUUCGUGGAAAAAUUGGAAGGAUUUGCACAAAUUUGCGGUGCAAAAUGGUCUUACGUUUAUACCGAGUUUGGGACCCGGAUACAUCGACACUCAGGUUCGACCGUGGAAUGCGGAGAAUCGAAGGCACAGAAGACACGGAAAGUAUUACGAAGUAGGAUGGAGAAGUGCUCUGAACAGCGGAGCCCGAAUUAUUUCGAUAACGUCUUUCAACGAGUGGCACGAAGGAACGCAAAUUGAGCCGGCGAAGCCAGCGAGCAACAAAGAAUUCACCUAUCUCGAUUACGAACCCGAAGGUCCCAACUUUUAUCUCAAUUUGACUCAGUGGUGGGUUCAUCAGUUUACUCAGAAAUGGCGUGACGAUAAAUUUCAUUGAAAGGUAAAAGGACGAGAAGUUGAAGUUAAAUUAAAUUUCACCUCAACCGAAAAACGUAUUUUCGCGUUUUUCAUGUAUCUUUCGUUCGUCUUGCUUCCUCUUUUGUUUCCGUUUUUUUUUUUUUUUUUUUGACAAAACAUCCAGAUUGGUACGAUAAAUUGAGCAAUAUUUUUCUACUUUUCGUUCAUAAUUUUUCUUCGUGUCCGCGGGGAAGAAAGCUAAAUCUUUUGAUAGUCUUAUCGUCAUUGGUAAUCCUGAAGAAGCUUCAGCCCGAAUAAAUGCUUGAUAUGAUACAUUUUCAAAGUCCUCUUGCACACACACACACACACACAUAUAAUAAUAAAAACAUUGUUCGGAAAACAAAUUGGCCGUUCAAGAUUUGAAGAAUCUUGAAAUAGGGAGGAGGAGAAAUAGAUGAUUAUGGAAUAUGGCCUAAACGGCCCUUAUUUAUUAUCCACUGUUAUUUAAUAAUUAAUUCAUUGUUGAUUGAAAUAAUCUAGACUACGAUGUACGUAUUCAGCAUGAUAAUACGAUCUCAAAAUUAUCGACCAAAUUCGAAACAAUAAUAUUAUUAUAAAUCGUUGUAUUUAUGUAGAUCUUUAUGACGAUUGCAUCAGCUUUAUCAGUCGCUAUUGCGUACACUCGUCAGCUGUUUUUGUUUUUUUUAAAUAUUUUUUCUUUUUAAUAAUUGUUUCAUCAUUAUCAUUCUUGGAAUAUACAAGACGAAACAUAAAAGAUGUGAUAAAACUAGAGUAUCAGCGUAGCGAGGCUUUAUGCAUUAUUAUAUGUACACGAAGCAGCGAUGAAAAGUUUAAUUUAUUUAUUAAUCUCGCUCGUCUCUGUAUCAUCAUUUCCAUAUGAUUCUGUGAUACUAUUUAUUUACGAACGAAACGAAUGAUGUCCAAUAUCGCAUUGCGUUAGUAUUCAACUGUAUUUUGUCUCGUUGUUUUUUUUUUUUUUUUUUUUUUUUUUUUUUUUUUUAUAUUGCAGCGUAAGUACGAGCGCGGUUAUUCAAAAAAGACAUUUGUUAAAUAAUAUAUUGUUAUUGAAUUAUUCCAUUGAUUUUCGUACCAACUUUUUGGGACUGUUUCGAAGCUCAAAAUAUAUAUAGGAUAUUCAUUUUUUUGCGAUCGAAAUCCGGGGGGGGGGGGGGGGGAGGAGAGAGAGAGAGAGAGCAGAGCAGAGCAUACGUUAUAUAAACCAAGACAAAGAGAUUGCGAGGCCAUGACAACGAGGCACGACCAAGUAUACAUCAUACAUUUCUUUCAAUAUUCCUAUAUACUAUAUAUAUAAUAUACUUGGUACACUCGUAUCGUGCUUAUGUUGUUCCACGUAUAUUUUACGAUACGCGCGCACACGGAUAUUUCGAAAGAUGUUUUAUUGAAAAAUGAAUAGCGGUUUGAGAAAGUAAGUGUGAAACUAUAUCCUGAAAUCUCGAACAAAGACGAGCGUUCUCGUUUCUCUAUUGAAACAUUUCCUUGUUCCCUUUUUCUCUGUAAUUGUAUAAAAUCGACACGGUUAAUUGUGUAUGUACGUAUUAUAUAUAUAUAUAGACAAUAAUCGCAUGUCCCUGUCCCUUCUUUUCACAGGGUAUCCAUCCCACCUUCCUCCUGCUAAUCCUCGUAGAUUUUAACGAUCAUAAUAAGAAUAAUGGUAACUCUUAAUAAUAUAAAUAAUGAUAUGAUACGGCGAUUGCUGGUUAAUUGAUGAAAAUCGACCAGAGGUGCGAAAAGAAAAAGAAAAAAAAAAAGUGUUUGAAAUCGUUUCGACAUAUAUCUCUACGAUGUUCGUUCGUUGUAUUCAUAUCAUCAUAUAUGUGUAUCUUGCAUUGGGUGUAAUGUGUAUGACUUUUGAAGUGAAACUUGUGCCCGUCUCGCGAGGAGGAUGCAUCAGAGAACAAUAAUAUAUACGAGAGCAGGACAAGACUACUAUUGUAAUUUAUUCUUCGUCGAUAAAAAUAUAACCACUGAUCCACAACGAUGUACACGAGUCAAUCAUCGCGGUAUGUGAAAUGAGAAAGAAAACACGUUGUCGGUUCAUCAAAACCGGUGCGGGAGAGCUAGAUUAUACGAGGAAAUAAUAAAAAAUAAAAACGUAAACGUCGCAUCGGCGGUAUACGAAAGGGUAUUAUUACGACCCAUGCAGUGUGUACCUAUAUUUGAUGAGGAAUGUCGUAUGUUCGAUUUCAUUAAUAAAAUAAUGACGUUUAA